ACCGAUAUGUAGUCACAGAGCUGAAAUUUCCCGGUAAUAUGCGUAAAAACAGUCUGCGCUUUGUAACAACGGAGAAUAGAUUUCGGAAAGUUAAAAAUUUAAUUUUAAACAGCAAUUAACGGCGAGAAAUGGAGCGUCUAUUAAUAGCUACACCACUACAUAAUCAUGGCUGUGAUGAGUAUGUGCGAGGGUCUUUUACAGUUAUGCCAUGGCUACGGCACUGGGCGUGUAACGUUUGGUGUACUCCGACACUGUGAAUUGAAAAGAACGCACGACGACAACAAUAACAACUUUGCGCGAACAAGUGUCUUUUAGCGUAGUGCCGUAGUGGUGUGCUAACGAUUGGAGGCAAUCGAAGAGGCGAUAGAAAAAGAUGCCUUGCUGCACUGGUAGUAAAAUUGAGGAGCGCGCCGAACCGACGCGAGUGCGGGGAUGCACGGAUGUUUUCUGGCUUUGCUCCUUCAUUGCGUUCUGGUUUCUCAUGAUCUUAAUCGCGGCCUUCGCAAUAGUCUACGGCAACCCCUUGCGGCUCAUAAAUGGAUACGAUAGUUUUGGAAAUACGUGCGGCAUGAAAAAUAAUCCAAAGUUUGGUAACAUGGAGCUCUCUGGGCAGGACACCAGUGACAAGCCAUAUUUAUUCUUCCUGGAUAUUAAUAAUGUUACACAGUCGUUGAAAAUUUGUGUGAAGCAUUGUCCCGAUCGAACUUUAAAGACAAUGGAAGAUAUUUGUACUUUUUACAAAGCAUCGGGAUCGCAGUUGUGUCACGAUAGACCAGGAGGCGAUUUCAGUGCCUGUAGCAGCGAGAGUAGCAAAUUUAAGAAUGGAUCUUGUCCAGAGCUACCAGUUUUCGCUAGUAUACCUGUUUUAAAUCGCUGUAUCCCUAAGAUAAUUCAGGAAGUGGGUGAAACAAUUGUCUUGAAUUUAUAUGGCUUUAUCAACUCGUGGGAUGUAUUCGAGCAAGUUUUGGGAGAUUUAUAUAAAACUUGGAAGCACAUUCUAGCGUUAUCUUUUCUGGCCUGUGUUUUAUCACUCUUUACAAUAGCCAUCUUUCAUUUAUUGGCCAAUAUUGUGACAUGGAUUAUAAUUGUACUUGUAAGCAUCGCUUGCACAGCUGGCACAAUCCUUUUAUGGGUGACGUAUGCUGAUAUUAAAAGAACAUUGGACAAAACUGAUUCAAAUCAGCUUCUUGAAGAAUCUGUUAGGAAUGAAAGAGCAUUUCUCGCAUUUUCCAUCAUUGCCACUAUUAUCACUGUAAUUUUACUCUUUCUUUCAUGCAUAUUACGCAAACGCAUCACUUUUAUGGCAGCACUAUUCAAAGAAAGUGCAAAGUGCUUGAAAGAAUUACCUGGCCUAUUUUUCCAACCAUUUUUAACAUUUAUAACUUUACUAUUGUUUUUUGCCUUUUGGAUAUUUGUAGUUCUUUGCCUCGCAACAGCCAAUUAUCCUGAAACAAAGUCAGUACAAAUGUACAAAAGCACUAUAUUUAAUUCUAUCAAUUUAAGCUCAAUUGAUGAAAAGGCUUCGUUAAUUGAGAAAAAGGAGUUAGAUUUUUCCCUGGAGAAUUUCAAAACGUUUACUCUCGUCGAAUACGUUGACCUAACUUGGGUGAAGUAUAUGUGGUGGGUCUAUCUCAUAGGAUUGAUAUGGACGUCGGAAUUUAUUGUGGGAUGUCAAGCCAUGGUAAUAUCAGGUUCCGUUGCCCACUGGUACUUUAGAGGUAAAAAUGCCAAUACAUCUCCAGUGUGUUCAUCCAUAGGGCAUUUGGUGUGCUAUCAUUUAGGCUCUGUGGCGUGUGGUUCACUCUUGAUAACCAUUUUUAAAUUGCCUAGACUGAUCUUAACGUACCUGCAUACCAAAUUUGAGAAGACUAAGGAAACAUCUCCAUGCUCCCAAUGUGGUUUGAAAGCUUGCAUUUGCUGUUUCUGGUGUUUGGAGAAGUUUAUUCGAUAUAUGAAUCAUAACGCGUACACCGUUGUUGCCAUAGAGGGUACCCAUUUUUGUAAUGCGGCAAGAAUAGCAUUUACUACGCUCGUCAGUAAUGCUCUGCAAAUAGCAGUGAUCAAUGGAUUUGGCGAUUUUAUAUUGUUUCUGGGAAAGUGUUUCGUCACAGCCACAACCGGAAGUGUUGCAUUGCUUUUAAUGAGACAAGAUCCCAAGCUACAUUUCUAUGCUAUUCCGAUCUUCAUUGUUUGUGUUUUCUCAUUUUUCAUUGCUCAUUGCAUAAUUUCUCUUUACGAGACCGUCAUCGAUACAUUAUUCCUGUGUGUAUGCGAGGAUAAAAAUUUGAACGGUGAAAAUGGAAAAUGGCGCCAGUCCGCAUUAGCUCAGAUCGGUGCUACUAGCAGCAACGCGAAUGGGCAGCAAUCUCACGAACUAACACCAAUGAACAAAUAAGUUCAUAUAAGUAUUUGAUAUUUUACAUGCAUCUUUUUUAUACACAUUUUUGUACGCACAUAUCUUUUUUAUAUUCUUAGGGUACUUAUUUUUGCAUUUUAUCACUUUAUAUAUCUAUAAAGUUAAUGAGAGUACAUUCCUUUCAAUUUUCACGCAUACAAUAUUGCAUUAUUAUACAAAUAACUACGAAAAUCAUGAAAAUUAUUUUUACAAUAUAGAUACUUUAAAAUAUUUACGCAUAAAAUCAUAAGAAAGUUGUUCAUAAGAUAUUUUAACAUAUAACAGAACAAAUAGUUA